AUGCUUGCCGACAUAAACGGAAAUGAAGUUAUUGUCGAUCAGAAUGCUAUAGCAAAUUUGACAAAACAACCCUGUAAAAGCAUAUUAAAAUCUGGGAAAAGUAUUGAUGAAGUAAACAUUUUUCAACACUCGCACGAUCGUCAACGUCAAUAUUCAACUGGAAUGACAAGAUCUGAAAGUAAAAGUCAUAAAAUUCCACAUUUUGACGAAAUGAAUAUAUUAGCAACAUAUCAUCCAGCUGGAAAGGACUAUGGUCAUAUGAAAAUUGAAGAACCGAAAACACCAUUCAACAAAGAUAUAGACGAAGAAAUGGAAGUUGAUCAAGAUGCCAUUGAUCCAGCUGCAUUGGCUAACAAACUUAAAGAUACCUCAACAUCGUCCUCAACUAGUGUACAUUAUCAUUCAAGCAGUGUUAGAAGAGAAUCAUCUGCAAGUUCAGUGGAUGAUGAACAUGAAACACCUGAAGAACGUGAGCAUCGUCGUAAUUUUGAGCAGAAGAGAAAACAGCAUUAUAAUGAAUUUGAAAUUGUUAGACAACGAAGAAAAGAAAUUGAAGCAGAAUUAAAAGCAAUUGAACAACUAGAACAAAAUAGUCCAGAUUCAACCGGUAACACUGCAAGUCACAUAAAACCCACAAUUUUAUCAUCUCAUCCUCCAAAAGAGUCUACAUCAUCAUCCGCUUCUCAUCACAUGAGAACAGAUGAUAUCGAUUAUCAUCCACCGACAGCCGAAGAAGAAGGUAGGUCAUGA